CUUCUACUACGGAUACUGAACCCCCACCAACUUGGACAUUUGUUACGCAUUACUACCUAGCAAUAAUGACAGGACAACGCGAAGAUACAUCGUUUGACAAUGAUGUGGACUUUUGCACACUAGGCAUGUUCAUCCUCGAUGAUAUUGACUUCGGGGGCACUAGACCUAAUGUCAAGAACAUCCUCGGGGGUGCAGCAUCUUUCGCGGUUGUCGGUGCUCGUCUAGUCGCUGGAAAGGAACACUCCCACUCUGUUAGUUGGAUUGUUGAUGUUGGCUCCGACUUUCCCUCGGAGGUUCUAGAUAUCAUCAAUACCUGGGGCACAGCAUGCGUAAUGAGAGAAGACAAUGGCCGAUUAACCACCAGGGCUUGGAAUGGCUACGGUCCCAAUGAGAAACGGGACUUCAAAUAUUUGACCCCUAAAUUACGGUUGGAACCUUGGAUGUUGUCCGAUUCCCAGGUAUUCUCGAAGACCUUUCAUAUGGUCUGCUCAGCAGGACGUUGCGUGUCUAUUGUACAGAAUAUACUGCAGCGGCGAGAAGAACUACUGCGAGAAGGCAAAGCACCUUCCAGCAGCCACGCUUCAGAGAGGCCUUUCUUUGUCUGGGAGCCUGUGCCUGAUCUCUGCACACCUGAAGAGCAAGAUAAGUUCUUUGUUGCAAACCGGGUAGUAGAUGUGGUAAGCCCUAAUGAACUAGAGCUGGGAAUGAUGUUUGGACAACCGGGGUGGAAUGAAGAGAGCGAAUUCGGGAAAAACAUUGUCAAACGCAUCCUUGAUUCAGGCAUUGGCCCGAACGGGAAUGGGCACUUGGUUAUUAGGGCAGGGAAAGAUGGAAGCUAUGCAUUCUCAAGAGGCCAGAGGAUCUGGUUGCCCGCUUACCAUCAACCCGAUACUUCAGCAAAUACGCCAGUAGUUGAUCCGACUGGCGCAGGUAAUUCUUUCUUGGGGGCACUGACUCAAGGAAUGGUGACUGCUGGUAGGACCCCAGCCAAAAUCGUUGGCUCGUUGCUUGCAAGGUCUGCUGUCUGGGAAAGGGCAGUGGAAGCAUUGGGCAAGCAGAGUUAUAUACUGUCCUCUCUGGUAUUUGCUACUGUUGCUGCAGGUUUCGUGGUGGAGCAGAUUGGAGUGCCCCAUCUGUCUACGUCUACCGAUGAAAGAGAACUUUGGAACGGAACUGAAUUCACGGAACGGGUCCGUCUGUACACGCAGCGAUUGUAUCGAACACUCGAAGAGUCUCCCCAGAAGCACUUGCAGAUCAAUUGACCGAUUGAAGAACGCCCUUCUAUUGUCGUACAGCCCACAAUAAUAUGAAACAAAUACCUAUCAUGCCAUAUAAACCUUCCGAAGGGUUUCAUUGUAGCCCAUGCUCCCCCUUUAUGAAUCCUGCUUCGCAGUUUGCUGUCUCUCAUGUUCGAUAAUCUGCUUGCUCCAGUAGCGACUGGGGAAGAAUCUGCCGGGUUCUGGCAUUCUGUCACGGCGUUCCCGGUCGGCACUAACGCUCCAUGUCACGGCAGCAAUACCAAUAACAACCGCUCCCAUGAUAGCAGUGUUGGCCCUCCAGUUCGCGGGCUGAGCGUACCAGCCUCCAGCGGGAGACCAGACUUCCUUGGGAUACGGGAUCUUGCCGCCUCCACCCAUUGUGGCUGGAAUAUAAUUGAACAAUGGUAGGGAAAGAACGUGGGCGAUAGCUUGCUAGGAAAGCGUUGUUCUGGCGGGUUGAAGCCGAAAUGGCCGUCGACGUCCCUCGUCCCAGAACCCGUGACGCUAGCCCCGUAUGCGGUUUAGCGCCACACUGGGCUUUCUCACACGACUCGCCGGUCCCGUGACUUCCGCCGAAGCUCGACUUUUCUCCAGCGGUCAAAAGUUCAUACAAUAUCGACGUGGA